AUGUCUGUUCCAAUGAUCGGAAACAAGAGUUCCUACCCGAACACGGGAAACAAGAGUUCCUACCCGAACACGGGAAAAAAGAGUUCCUACCCGAACACGGGAAACAAGAGUUCCUACCUGAACACGGGAGACAAGAGUUCCUACCCGAACACGGGAGACAAGAGUUCCUACUCGAACACGAGAAACAAUAGUUCCUACUCGAACACGGGAAACAACAGUUCCUACCCGAACACGGGAAACAAGAGUUCCUACCCGAACACGGGAAACAAGAGUUCCUACCCGAACACGGGAAACAAUAGUUCCUACCAGAACACGGGAGACAAGAGUUCCUACCUGAACACGGGAAACAAUAGUUCCUACCCGAACACGGGAAACAAGAGUUCCUACCCGAACACGGGAAACAAUAGUUCCUACCAGAACACGGGAGACAAGAGUUCCUACCCGAACACGGGAAACAAGAGUUCCUACCCGAACACGGGAGACAAGAGUUCCUACCUGAACACAGGAAACAAGAGUUCCUACCCGAACACGGGAAACAAGAGUUCCUACCCGAACACGGGAAACAAGAGUUCCUACCCGAACACGGGAGACAAGAGUUCCUACCCGAACACGGGAGACAAGAGUUCCUACCUGAACACAGGAAACAAGAGUUCCUACCCGAACACGGGAGACAAGAGUUCCUACCCGAACACGGGAAACAAGAGUUCCUACCCGAACACGGGAGACAAGAGUUCCUACCCGAACACGGGAGACAAGAGUUCCUACCCGAACACUGGAAACAAUAGUUCCUACCCGAACACGGGAGACAAGAGUUCCUACCUGAACACAGGAAACAAGAGUUCCUACCCGAACACGGGAAACAAGAGUUCCUACCCGAACACGGGAGACAAGAGUUCCUACCCGAACACGGGAAACAAUAGUUCCUACCCGAACACGGGAGACAAGAGUUCCUACCUGAACACAGGAAACAAGAGUUCCUACCCGAACACGGGAAACAAGAGUUCCUACCCGAACACGGGAGACAAGAGUUCCUACCCGAACACGGGAAACAAUAGUUCCUACCCGAACACGGGAAACAAGAGUUCCUACUCGAACACGGGAAACAAGAGUUCCUACCUGAACACGGGAAACAAGAGUUCCUACCCGAACACGGGAAACAAGAGUUCCUACUCGAACACGGGAGACAAGAGUUCCUACCCGAACACGGGAGACAAGAGUUCCUACCUGAACACGGGAGACAAGAGUUCCUACCCGAACACAGGAAACAAGAGUUCCUACUCGAACACGGGAGACAAGAGUUCCUACCCGAACACGAGAAACAAUAGUUCCUACUCGAACACGAGAAACAAUAGUUCCUACUCAAACACGAGAAACAAGAGUUCCUACCCGAACACGGGAAACAAGAGUUCCUAA